AUGGAAAAAGAAAGAGUUUGUGUAACAGGAGGGACUGGGUAUGUGGCUUCUUGGUUGGUCAUGAGGCUGCUUCAGCUUGGUUACUCUGUUCAUGCCACCGUGAGGUCUCACUCUCAUCCAGGGAAGAAGAAAGACAUAAGCUACCUCAAAAGCCUACCAGGAGCAACAGAUCAACUCAAGAUUUUCAAUGCAGAUCUCAACGAACCAGACAGCUUCAAUGCGGCCAUCGAAGGAUGCAGUGGGAUCUUCCACGUGGCACAUCCGAUGGACGAGGAUGGCAAAGAACCCGAAGAGCCAGUAACCAAACUGGCAGUUCAAGGACUCCUUAGCAUACUAAAAUCUUGCCUGAAUUCCAAGACUGUGAACCGAGUAAUCUACACAUCGACUGCAGCAACAAUAUUGUACAAUGACAAGGGUCUAAGCGUAGCCGACGAGAGUACAUGGAGCGACAUUGAUAUUUGUAGACGCAACCAGAACAAGUAUAUAAGCACAUCCUACUUGGUCUCCAAGACUGUAACAGAGAAGACAGCAUUAGAUUUUGCAGAGGAACAUGGACUUGACCUUGUCACUAUUGUUCUUCCAUUGGUUGUUGGGCCAUUUAUCUGUCCAAAAAUACCUUCCUCGGUGAACAUGGCACUCGCAAUGGCAUUUGGAAAUCACGAUCGUUACGGGGCAAUUACAAAUUUGUAUAUGGUGCACAUAGAAGAUGCUGUCCAAGCACAUAUUUUUCUUCUUGAAUAUCCAAACACAAAAGGGAGGUACAUUUGCUCAUCAGCCAAUGUGUCAAUCACCACCAUAUUUGAAUAUCUUUCUGCAAAGUACCCUGAAUUUGGCAUACCAAAUAUGAUGUGGUUUAAAGAGAAUGAAGAUCAUGAUACUUGUAGCCUCUCAUCAAUGAAACUCUUGGAUUCUGGGUUCAAGUUUAAGUUCACUGUGGAAGACAUGUUUGAUGGGGCAAUCCAAUGCUGCAAGAACAAGGGUUUCCUUUAACAAACAUGUAGUUGUGAAGUUAUAGACUAUACAUGCAAUUCCCACCUCUCUUUCCACAUUCUUUGAUUCAAUAUUGUACAAUAAUAA